UAUUCAUAUUACGUACCAAUAAUUAUCAUGUGCAAUUUAACAUUUAAAUUUGAACAGCUUGCAUUUGAAAAAUGCCAAAGUUUAAGAUCCCAAAAAACAAUCAAAUCCUUUCUAAUCAUGCACUCUUAAACCUGUGCUUCUGCCGAUCUAUUACUUCAUUUCCUACGCAUUUGCCAUGUGAUUUCUGUCUCGUUCACUGAACCCCUCUUUCACACUAUUUUUAUUCUGAUUCUUUUUCUUUUUUUAUGGAUUCAAUUCCCAUUAUAAUCCUUCCCUCCAAACUUCUCCAAUUCUUCUCUCCUGUUUUCAUUUGGAGAUUCCUUGUGUUGCCUUCCUCUUGAAAAAGGCUUUAUAAUGGGGUGCACUUCUUCAAUACUUCAUACUGGAGGAAAAAAGAAGAAGAUGAUGAUUGCUGAAGUUGUUGUGUUUGUUCCAACUAUGCAAAUUCCUGUACAAUCUGAGCUUCAUAAAGGGCUGAAAGGGUUGAUUCCAAAGGAUAUGAUUGACCGUCUUGUCGAUUUUCGAAAUCGUGUCAUCUUACUCUCUGAAGACACUGAUGUUUUGGCGAUUCCUGAGAUUAAGCAGGCUCUUGAGGAGUACUUGCCUGUCCUGCUUGGACUCACUAAAAAAGAUUAUGGCGCAUUAGAUGCAGUGCCAUACAAAUGGAGAACUUUAGAUGAUAAAAGAGAACAGGAAAUUUGUGUAACGAAUACAUGGUAUGAAGUAUUAUCAGUGGUUUAUAUGCUGGCCGUUUUGACAUUGGUUGAAGCCAACAUGUUGCUUGUUCCUAAGCAAUACACUGGUUCUUCUGAUAGGAUAGUUUCUACAGAUUGCCAGAGGGAUGCGAUUGAUAUGCUUCUAAAGGCAUCAGGGUACUUAGAUUUUUGUGUGAAGAGUAUUCUACCUCAAUUAGGACCGGAAAUCAAGAACAAGUUGCACAAAGACAUGCGUGAAGGUGCAUUAGAGGCUCUUUCCCUACAAGCACUCGGCCAGGCAACAGAAUUGCAGUUGGGGUUGGCUAUUGAUAACCAAAAAGCCACAUUAUCAGUAAAGAGGAGGUUAGCAUGCGAAGAGCAGACCUUCUUCACUCAGGCUCAUUGUUCAUUAUUUGGAGAAAAAACCAAUGAGAGUGAUGCAGGAAAGCAAUCAUUGUUCAUCAAAUAUAAAUUUUUAGAAGCCAAGGCUGCAGCUUACUUCUACCACGGUUUGAUCGUUGAGAAAAGUAAUGAGCCCUUGUCCCAUAUGAAUGCACUAGGCAGUUAUGUUGCUGCUGAGGAACUUUUGGCGGAAAGCAGGAAAGCCUGUUUAAGCUUUUGCUUGGCUUCUCCUGUUAACAGAGUUCCUCCACUCUGGGGUGCAAUGAAGCAUUUCCAUCAAAAGAUUCCAGACACCGCUUCCAAGAAGUCUCAGAUGAACAGCUACUUGUUUGAUCAAGAAAAGGGCCUACAGCCACCACCCGAGUUGCCUGAGUUCCAAUUAUCAUUGAGACCGGAUGAUUAUGAGUUGCCAGAAGUUGACUCUGCUUGGAGUAGGGAAAAAUGGGAGAUCAUAGGGCAACCUCUUAAAGAGCACCUACAAGAACUAGAAGAUGUGAUCGAGGAUGAAAGCUAAUAACAAUUAAGGACUAUCUUUGAUCUUCUAUGUGUUAAUCAUAUAUAUUCAGUUUUGCCAGUUCAGGAGAGUUGGUCCUACAAAUAUCUCCAAAGAUUUCCUAACUGCUAUACAUCACCAAUUAGUACGUAUCCGAUAUAAUGCUAAUGGAAGUUACAAGCUAUGUUGCGCUAUUGUGCCUUGACUUGCUUUUUCUUAUGUAGAUAAAAGCAAAGUCGUAUACGGUUGAAAAGUAUUGUAAAAGGUAUAUAUGAAGUUAAAUUUGUGUUCAUUGCUUCCCUGGAACUGAAAGCAACAUACAUCACAAUCUGAGCACUAUAUUCAUGACUGGUGUACGAUUUUGCUCAAAUAAUUGUUCUAUAGGAAGCUCCACAAAAGGAUUAACGGACAUAAUUAUCACAAGUCUUACAUUGUCAAAGAGAGUUCCAGCAGCAGCACAUUCAAAGAGUGUUCUAUGAACAACAUAAUAGCAGGAACGACUGAUGUCAAAACACUACUAGCUGACAUUUAUUCUUGCUCUGGUGUUCUGAAGUAAGAGGACAAUUUUGUGCUAAUCGUUUUAAUUUUGUUUUUUUUUUCUUUUGCUUGUGGUGGGCGAUAAUAGAGGCGAGUUCUUUGCAAGCAAGAAUAACAAACAAAAUGUGAUCACAGGAACUUCAGCUAAAAGAAGGAAGAUGCAUAAUCUCUGUUAGACAGGAGACAUUUCACUUGUUUUUUUAAUAGGCUGUAAUACUGUAUUUUAGUUCCAAAUAUCUUGUUAUUUAUUACAGAUUAGAUAUGAAUAAAUAAUGUUUUUCUUGAGUGAUUAAAUGUUUAAAGGAAAUAUGCUAAAAAGCAAUUGUAAAAAUUACUAAUGCUUGUGAGCA